AAUAAUUUUAUGUUUCGUAUUUCGCGCUAAUCGGUUUUAGAUAGCGCUGCAAACGUUACUCGAAAGCGUUAGUCAAGUGUAUUGUACAAUGAAAAGGGAUUACAUUGCAUUAUGUCCGUCAGGUCAUAGUUUUUACACGGUUAUAUUUGGUGAAGUCGUGCGUGGCGAGUUAUGCAACAUUUGGUGUAAAAGCGCCCCAUAAUAAGACGUUCAGAUAUUGUGACAUCUGACCUACUUAGACGGUAUGGUUGUAUUUAUAAGACAGUGGUAAAUUGACAACAUUUAUAACACGAAAAACGCAUUUGACAGCUUUUCAAUUUGUAGAUUUUAAUUGCUUGCAAACAUCAAAGAACUAGGAAAUCUUUCGGAAAUUGCGUCUUUCCGUGAUACAUUAUUGGAACACAGUGCCGUGGCUAGUAAUUUCUAGUACCCAUAUAAAACUUGGUUCAAUACGUUUGUUCUUUCAAAUUACUUUCCCUUUUAUUAUUAUUCAAUAUGGUACAAAUAAAAAAUUCAUUUAUGUUACAUUAAAAUUCAAGAAAAAAUUAUAUUAGAAAAAACGUAAUAUUAAUAAAUGUCGUAUAGCAAUGGCAAAAAUUGCAAGAUGGAUAGCGAAAAAUAUAAUUUCGAUAAACGAUAAUACGGAUAACGCGAACUGGCAACGGGUACCGGCAUUGAAAACACGGCCCUGGAACUCGUGCUGUCAGAGCGCAACGGUGCGCCGGACGCUCGCUUGACUAAGGGAGUGCCCGUCCCGAUGCAAAGUGUAAGUGAAGUGGCCUACAGACCUACAUUUGUCUAACGUUCGAUUUUUUUCGAGUCGGCAGACAGGAGGUUAAUAAUCCGCGCGGGGCUUAUUUUUCCGCGGGCGUGUGUGAUGUCGCUGUUGUGUGAUAUACUGAUGUUUGGUUGAAAGAGACGGUGUAGUUUCGGUACGCUCAGACGGCGCUGGCCGGCGCGGGGAGCGUAGUAGUAAAAAGAGAGGAGGAUAGCAAGAGUGUGCGCACACAAAGAGGAAGAGAGAAGGACAGAGAAAGAAGACAUCAGGCAAGAAUAAAGGAAAGAGAGAGAAAGAAGAAAUAAGAGCGAGUGCGCGUUCUCCUGUUGGCUAGAUAGAGAGAAAAGAAGUGAGACAGACAGAUAGAUAGACGGGGGUUAGAAAGAGAGCGAGGGCACGUAAGAGAGUGUAAGUGUUUCGAAAGAAGUGCGUGCGCUCGAGGACGACGUGCAGGAGGAGGGACCCCCGUCUGUCUGUCUGCUGGAAUGCACGAGGGCCGAAUGGCUACGGGGACAGGAGAAGGUGGGGGCCAUACGGCCCUCGAGAACACCACUGCGACGGCCCUUACGGAAUCAUCGUCAUCUUCUUCCUCCUCUUCCUCCUCUUCCUCCUCUUCCUCCUCUUCUUCCUCCUCAUCCUCGGUACCAACUAUCCUGACAGAAAACAACACAGCGAUUAAUCUGCCUUUGACUGAAUCUGAACAAGAAACCCUUCAUCAAGUACAACAGCAUCAGGCUCAACAACAGCAGCAACAAACACAUUCGCAAUCAUCGGUCAAUUUGGUCACCGAUCUACAAACAAACGAUACAUCAGACGAGAUUACGUAAAGCAGUUAAAUUCAUCGUAGUAUUCUCGAGCCUUCAAACAACGAAACUAUCGAGACUUUCUCCAUUCCAAAGAAGCCAAAACGAGCUGUAGUAACUGGGUCUGGUCUAACCAAUCAAUUUUCGGGUUAAACGGAUUUCACGUCGGCCAAAAGUGAAACUUUUAUUUUACUCCGCUCCCUUAUUUCCAAAGAACUUUAAGAAUAGAAGUUGCAAUUUUCGAAGAGAAGAUUCACGAAACG